AUGGCUGCUGCAUCCUUCGUUACCUACCUCGAGACGCCUAGAGAGUUCCGGCUGCUGGGGUUCCGGGCGCCGCCGCCGUCUCCGGUCACCGGCGUUGUGACAAACGGUGGCUCUGGAUCACCUGAGUACGGUGAGUGCCCCGACGGCAACGAAGAUGACGAGGUCGGCAGGUUCCUGCGUCGCUCCGCCAAGGUCCCGGUGCUGCGGCUGCCGGAGAGGGCCAUCCCGCGGAAGAAGAAGAAGAGUGAUAAGGCGGCGUGGGCUCCCCCAGUCAUCGACAUGCGCCUGCUGGACACGCCGGAUGGCAGUGGUCCGGUGGUGGAGGCUCUGAGGUCGGCGGCCGUCGCGUUUGGCUGCUUCCAGGUGGUUGGCCAUGGGGUCAAUUUGUGCCUGGUCUCUGCUGCGGCGGGGAGGGCGAGUUCGCCUACGCCGGAGGAGGCCGGUGGAGAAGAUGGUGAGGAGCUGUGGUGGUCACCGAGCGAAGGAGACCAGUUGAGGAACGGGGCAGCCGAUCUGUUCACCCAGCUGGAGCAAACCGCAGCCAAACUGGUGGAUGCCUUGCAGCGGGACAGCGUUGGCGCCACCAUGGUCAGAGCUGACAGGAACGGCUCGCAACUCUGCAUCCGCACGCACCACGGCCGGCAGUGCGAUAUCGGCCCUAUCACUAUCAGCCAGGACGACAUCCUGAGGAUGCUGAUCAAGAGCUCGCGCUGCCCGCGUGCUCUCGCUCUCCACCUCUGCCCCGGCGCCUCCACGUUCCACGUCUUCUCCCGGCAGCGGGGAUGGUCCAGGUUCCGCCCCCUCGGUGGCGCCGUCGUGGUCACCGUCGGAGACCAGCUUCAGGCAUGGAGCAGUGGACUCUACAAGAGCGUGGCCGGGAAACCGGCUUACAGCGACGGCGAUCUCCGAGCAGAACGCGGCUGCGACGUCGUCUCGGCGGAGUACCUCCACACCUGCUCUUCGGCUAGCAUGGAGAGCGAGCCCCUGGACGCGGAUGCCGGGAAGACCAUUCAGUUGAAUGUGCAGAUCAUUGUAGCAGCUUGCCUUGUGCUCCUUUACUACUUUCUCCUGUCAUGCUUGUAUACGAUUUGGUCUUGAGAAGCUGCAGCAGGAUUUGUUGCCCUGAAAAUGCAGCUCGGUUUUUAUUUCAAGUUCAGCUCGGCUUUUGGAAAUGGAAUUGGUGUGUCAGUUUUGGCGAGAAUAUUGCUCGU